AUGGGAAUCAAAGAAUGGAGAGACUACUGCAAGGAUAUCGAGAGAUAUCCUGACGUGGCCAGACUCCUUCAGAUACUUGCAAAAGAUCCUAAGGUAUUGCUUAAAGCUAUCAGACUGCCCACAGGAGAAUACACAACCUCGGAAGAGGAGUGCCUGAAACUAUUUCUGCAAGCCAACUUACCAGGCUUUAGGCUCUCUCACAAUAUGAAAGAUGAGAGCUCGGGACGUAACAAGCAGCAGAGGGCGGCAAAGGUCGUCACACCGGAAAAGGUCAAGUCGGCCAUAAGGAACUUUCAACCCUUUAAGGCGCCGAGCAUCGAUGGAAUCUACCCGGCUUUCCUACAAGAGGGGUUGGAGGAACUGGUGGGCCCCUUGGUAAAGCUCUUUAGAGCAAGUGUAGCUUUAGCUCAUGUACCUGAAAUAUGGAAAACGGCUAGAGUUGUGUUUAUUCUCAAGACAGGAAUGACAAGCCAGACAACCGUGAAGGAUUACAGACCUAUAAGUCUUAACUCCUUUGUGUUCAAGACACUAGAUAGGGCAGGGUUCUCUACAGAGACUGAAUUACACUCGGCGGUUUGGCGCAUUGAGGAGCAGCUGAAAAUGGGGAAGAUAAUGGUGGGAGUAUUUCUAGACAUAGAGGGAGCGUUUAACUGCAUUUCUAUUGAAGCAGUUGUCAAAGAGGCAGGACUGUAUGGGAUGCCCGGGCCAUUAAUAAAAUGGCUUAAGGGCAUGCUCACCCACAGGACUGUGAUCUCGAGUCUCGGAACCGUAACGGUCUCCGGCAAGGUCAGAAGCGAAAUAGGCGCAGCUAUGGACGCCAUGCAGCUUGCAUUAAGGAAAGUGGAGAGAUGGUGCUGCUUGACGGGACUUUCGGUUAACCUGGAUAAAGUCGAGAUGGUGAUCUUCUCUCGCAAGUACAAGUUAAAUGCCUAUAGAGCGCCCAAACUCUCUGGAGUCGCCCUACAGGCAAAGGACUCAGCUAAGUACCUCGGCAUUGUUCUGGAUAAAAAGUUAACCUGGGUGAAGCAUCUCACGGCCCAGGCUGUUCUGGUACCUCGUCUGGCCUACGCCGCGUUGGUCUGGUGGCCAUGGGCAGUGCUGGUGGGUGCUAGGGCAGCACUGGAGAAACUCAGGGGGCUGAGGGGGGCGGCAUGGGCCUAUAGGACCACGCCUACUAAGGCACUUGGAAUCCUUGUGAAGGUGGAACCACUCCAUCUUGGGAUGGCUGCUAAGGUAGCGCACAGACUUAAUGUGUAUGGACAAUGGACACAAGGUACGAGGCACACCCGGCUCUCGGGUGGGGUGGGUUUCUUGCCGGAAUUUUCCAUUAAAACUGAUAUAAUGAUCCCGCGCUUCUUCUUUGGAAGAAGAUAUGGGGUCGUCAUACCGACGAGAGAGGAAUGGAAGGCCCGCAGGGACAGUCUACCAGGAACGGGGGACGUUUGGUACACAGAUGGCUCUAGGGCAGAGACCGGUUCAAGGUACUACUGCCGAAGGGAUGAAAGGGGAACCUUUUUCUCUCUGAGGCGGUAUGCUAUGGUCUUGCAGACCAAAAUAUACGCUAUACUGACCUGCGCUCAGAGGAACAUUGAACUCGGCGCAAGGGAUAAAAUCAUCACCAUUUGUUCAGACAGUCAGGCGGCUCUUAUGGCUCAUAGGACGACCUACAGACUGGGAGCUAAACAGUCCCUAAUCGGGCCGGAGCCCUACACAGUUGCCGCAAGGUGCCUGUUGGCGGGUGAAAUUCGGGACUGGGUUGAGAGGGAGCAUACUAAAGCAUGGCAAGGAACUCAAGGAUGCAGACAAGCCAGACUGGUAAACGGACAGGACACCAAUGUCGGCUUGACCAAGUGCAUUGCAGGAGGCAGCAGAAAUAACUCCCGACUCCUGAUACAGAUAGUGACCAGGCAAAUCCCCUUAAGGUAUCACAGUCUGAAGAUGGGGAAGGAGGCUACGGGUGUAUGCAGGUGGUGCGAGGGGGCGGAAGAAACGCCAACCCAUGUGCUGACUGUUUGCCCAAAAUUUGUGCAGCUCAGACAUCAGUGCUUGAAGGAGCUCUUCCCCACGUGCAAGGAGAUUAGGGCACUCGACGUGGGGGCCAUACUGACCUUCUCGAGAAGGACAGGCUCACCUGCGUAG